AUGUUCAACACCUCCGCAACCCUCCUACAUUCGAAAAAUCACAACCCCAAACACCCCACCUCAAUCGUUGUUGUUGCAGCUGCUCUGAUUCCUUUCCGAAUCGUUGCUAUCGAUGACGAGAAAGAAACCACGAUGAGACUCGCCGGGGAGCAGCCUCACCACCUCAUUCAGUUAUUCAUUGCAUCUUCCCCCUUUCGCACAUUUCCUUACCGAAUCGUGAAUCGGAUCAUCAUUCGCCUGCUCCGCCAAAUCCUUCCACUGGUUCAUCAGGAUGGAGAAGCUUAUGCUUACCUGCUUAAUGUUCUUGCACCAGAACAUUGCAGCCCAGGCACAUUGGAUACCAAGGAUCCGGCUGAAAGGGCAAAUCUGGUACUCAAGCAUGCAGAAAAAAUGGAUUGCAAAAGAUACUUGGCUCCUAAAGAUAUCGUUGAAGGCUCUGCAAAUCUAAACCUUGCAUUUGUUGCACAUACUGUUCAAGAUUCACUUGUGACACCAAGAAGAUGGAUAUAUUACUGCAAUCCUGCCCUCAGUAAAAUCAUAACCAAGUGGACUGGUGGAGAAGAUUGGGUACUCAACACUGAAAAAUUAGCAGAAUUGCGUAAGUUUGCAGAUAAUGAGGAUCUACAAAGUGAGUGGAAAGCUGCAAAAAGGAGCAACAAAAUCAAUGUUGUGUCAUUCCUUAAAGAGAAAACAGGAUAUUUUGUUAGUCCUGAUGCAAUGUUUGCUAAUUUCCUGUAUUUCUUCUUGCAUUUGUAG